AUGGCAACUAACGGGAGCACAGAGACGGUGGAGGACAUCAUCGUCUGCCGCAAUGUAAACAAGUGGUUCGGCAAUUUUCAGGCGCUGAAGGACAUCAACACGACCGUAAAGCGUGGCGAGAAGGUCGUGAUAGUAGGACCAUCAGGCUCGGGUAAAUCGACCUUCAUUCGCACCAUCAAUCGCCUCGAGGAGCAUCAGAGCGGCGACAUCAUAGUUGACGGUAUCGAGCUUACGAAGGACGUUCGCAAUAUAGACGCGAUACGCAGCGAAGUAGGCAUGGUGUUUCAGCAGUUCAACCUGUUCCCGCAUCUGACAGUGAUGAACAACAUCACACUCGCGCCUAUGAAGGUUCGCAGGUGGUCUCGGAGCCAGGCAGAGGAGGUUGGGCUCGAGCUACUGAACAGAGUGGGCAUACCGGAGCAGGCGGAUAAGUACCCGAGCGAGCUAUCGGGUGGUCAGCAGCAGCGAGUCGCUAUCGCACGCGCCCUUGCGAUGCAGCCCAAGGUUAUGCUAUUCGACGAGCCAACUUCCGCUCUAGACCCUGAGAUGAUUAACGAAGUGCUGGACGCAAUGCGGGAAUUGGCAUACUCCGGAAUGACGAUGAUGAUUGUCACCCACGAGAUCGGCUUCGCAAGAGAGGUUGCGGACAGGAUAAUAAUGAUGGACGAAGGGCGCAUAGUUGAAGAAAGUCCCGCGAACGAAUUCUUCGACAACCCCCAAGAGUGA